AUGAGCUUCGAAGACACCACCGAGGUGCCAUCUGGCGUCGAACACACCACCGAGGCGCCACCUGUCUCCCAACACACCAUCGAGGUGCCAUCUGUCUUCGACUGCCUGAGUGUGCACAAGGACGUUCUCUCGCUCAAAUCCCGCUUCUUCAGGAGGUACUUCCAAAAGUAUCCGGGUUCGACGGAAACGACAAUGCCUGGAGACCUCAACGUUUGUACCACCCUGAUCUGUUACAUGUACGAGACGGGGCUCUUCACCUUUCCGGCGUACGGCUCCCUAUUCCUGGUCGACCUGUUCGCCGCUGCUGAAAAGUACGGGGUUUUGGGCCUUGACGUUGCAGUGGCGGGAUGCCUCAAGGUGGAGCUCGAAUUCUACUGGGAUGACUGGAGUCCGGAGAAGAUCAUGGACGUGGUGGAAAAAGUUUACAGCGAGACGGAGAGGUUCAGUAGGUUGAGGGAGCAGUUGGUAAUUGGCCUGAAAUCGAGGCAGCGGUUCAAGGACAUGCUACGCACCGAGUUUGUGCGGAGGCGACUGCUGGAACUGCCGGAGUUCUUGCUGGAUCUGGCGGGAUUGGGAUUAUAA